AGUGUAUGUAUUUUGGUUUUGCGUUGACUCGACGUCCAAAUUAAACUAUCUAAAUUAAUUGAUCCGCACAUUCCUUAUAAUUUUGUUACUUGCGGGCUAAUUAAAGCUACUGUUUGAAAUAUGAGGGAAACAGCAACCAGCGGCGCAUCCAAAUCACAGAAAAAGCCCAGAUGGGCUUUGGAUUUUGGCUCAACAAGGUUCAAGAGCGAUAAUGCGUGCAGUGUCAGUCUUCCUUCGCCACCAGGAUAUAACCCCUCUGCAGUCCAGGUGCAUGCCGAGUCAUCCAAGGAAAAUGAUUCGAGUCACCUAAUAAUAAAGAAGUCGUGGGAUCUGGCUCUGGGACCAAUUAAACAGGUUCCCAUGAAUCUGUUUUUGAUGUAUAUGGCUGGAAACUCGAUCUCGAUUUUCCCUAUUAUGAUGGUUGGCAUGUUGAUAAUCAGACCUUUCAAAUCACUCUUCACAAUGCAGCAAGCAUUUAAGGUGAUUGAAGGAAAUCAAGUGAUUGGUCAAAAGUUUGUUUAUCUUAUCGGCAACAUUCUCAACAUUGCUCUGGCUCUCUAUAAAUGCCACAGUAUGGGUCUUCUUCCUACACAUUCCUCAGACUGGCUUGCAUUUGUGGAACCACAACAGAGAAUUGAAUACCUUGGAGGAGGCAUAUCUUUCACAUAAAAACCUGUUACAAACAGACUUCUAAAUAUUUAUGUUUGUCAUGUGUUUGAUGUUCAAAUAAACAAAAAAAAUUUGCUCACUCCAGCA